AUCAAAAUCAAAGUAUGGCUUCAAAUAGAAAGGUUAAAUAAAACAUUUACUUUUAGUUUAACUGCAGCAGUCAGUAACAAAUCCUUUCCGGCGAAAUUUAAAUUCGGAACUGCCACAGCGUCGUAUCAAAUUGAAGGGGCGUGGAAUGAAGAUGGGAAAGGCGAGAACAUAUGGGAUCGCUUAACCCACACCAACGCCACUGCCGUUAAAAAUAGCGAUAACGGCGACGUAGCUUGCGAUUCCUAUCACAAAUACAAAGAAGACGUGAGACUUUUAAAACACCUGGGCGUCAAAGUGUACAGGUUUUCGAUAUCCUGGUCCAGAAUCCUACCUACGGGUUUUACAAAUAAAGUCAACCAGCCGGGAAUACAGUAUUACAAGAACCUCAUCAAAGAGCUACUCGACAACGGUAUCGAACCCAUGGCGACUUUGUACCAUUGGGACCUCCCGCAACCACUUCAAGACAUCGGGGGUUGGCCCAACGAACUCCUGGCCGAUCAUUUCGCUAACUACGCCAGGGUAUGCUUUAAAGCUUUCGGGGAUUCAGUCAAAACCUGGUUGACUUUCAACGAAGCCAAGCAGACUUGCCAACAGGGCUACGGGAGCGCAACCAUGGCCCCUCUGAUCAAGUCGCCGGGUGUUGCCGACUAUCUGUGCACCUAUACUGUUUUGAAGGCCCACGCCAAGGCCUGGCACAUUUACGAUGACGAAUUUAGAGGCAAACAACGCGGCAGGGUGUCGACUGUUGUCGACAGCGACUGGUACGAGCCUGCUAGUAACAGCACUAGCGACAUGGAGGCCGCCGAGACGAGAAGACAGUUCACUUUCGGAUUGUACGCGAAUGCCAUAUUCCUCGGCAAUUGGCCUCAGGUCGUGAUCGACAGAGUGGACUACAGAAGUGAAAAUGAAGGCUACGCCAAAUCGAGGCUGCCCAAGUUUACGAAGCAAGAAAUCGAUUACAUCAGGGGUACCCACGAUUUCAUGGGUUUCAACACUUACACGACCUCUUUGGUCUGCAAAAUCGAGGAGCCCACUUUCAAUGAGACCGACUACGAGUUCGAUAUGGGGUCUAACGCUUUUCAAGACCCCACUUGGGAAGCCACCAACUCUACUUGGUUGAAGAUUGUUCCAUGGGGCGCGAGGAAGUUUUUAAACUGGAUUAAAAAUACUUACAACAAUCCUGAAAUUAUCAUCACAGAAAACGGAGUUUCAGAUGCUGGCCUUUUAAAGGACGAUGCCAGAAUUCAUUAUUAUACGGAAUACUUAAGCGCUAUAUUGGAAGCUAUACAUACAGAUAAGGUACAUGUUUCUGGUUACAUGGCUUGGAGUCUAUUGGAUAACUAUGAGUGGUUAGCUGGCUACACGGAAAAAUUCGGUCUAUACCACGUAGAUUUUUCGAGUCCAAACAGGACAAGGACAGCGAAAAAAUCAGUGGACUUUUACAAGAAAAUCGUUGCUACACAUUGUCUUGUUGACAAGUGUGUGACGUCAGGGUGGUCCUUAUUUCGGGUGUUUUCGUAUUUUUUUUCACGAUAGUCCUAAACCGGUCACAAAUAGUUUUCUUUUUGUAUUAAUUUAUUUAUAUACCUACAUAUAUGAAG